CCAAUGAUAUUGUCGAGACGUCCACACACGAAGAAGACGCUUUCUCCAGCCAAUCGUAAAUGAAGAAUUUCGAAAUGAUUAAUUUGACUUGCUCGUGGUUUCCAGCCCUGACCUACAUAAAAAUAUUCAUCUCAAAACUGAGUCAUUUCCACUUGCAGGUCACUAUUGAGAAAACGUCUUGUUAUAAAUCCCUUCGUUUUGCACAAAGCCAUUGGACACUUUUGUUCCCAGUCGAAUCCAGUCUGACAGAGUAUUGAAGUAGUUUCCAAGCCAUUCCAAUCUCACAAAGUAUUGAACUAGUUAACUUGAGCAAGCAAAUGGAACUCAUUACCAGGUGUAGUGAAGAUGGUCCAGAUUGGGUUUCCCCAACUACAAUCCUCAUGGAUUUUCAAUAUGAAGAAACAUUUGGAGACCAAUCAAUCAUAACACCAAUUUCAAGGGAAUGCACUCGGUCAAGAAAACGAAAACGCUCAACAUCCAGAAAACGAAUCUCUGUACCUACGCCGAUGAUACAGAAAAAAAAGAGGACUUUGAAGCAAAGAAUCGUUGAUCGUCAAGAAAGAUACCUUUACAUUCCCAAGAAACGAAGACUAGAGCUCACGGAUGAAGACAGAAGGGAAGCUACCAAACUAGGCCUUUUACAAGAAGCAGUGCAUGUUAUGUGCUUGUGUAAAGCUAUUAUGCGCUCCAUCAUGGCAGAACGUCCAGGGUUGGCAUUGUCCAUUAAACGUGCUUGCCAGUACAAACUGUUCAUCAGAAUAAUUGACUUAAUGAAUGAAUUCAAUCUACUUAUAAAAGCAUUGGUCAAACUGGAUUUGAAUAUCAACAUUAUCCUUGACAGAAACAGAGAAAAUCGGACGCGUUUGGACUUUCAGAUAGAUCCUGUAUAAUUAUUUGUUCCUACUAGCGUUAUUUGCUGGUGUUUAACCUGAAACGAAAAUCUAGUUUAGUCAGGAAGGGAUUUUCUUUUAAAAAGGUCAAUGCAAUAUUUUACAGAAACUAAAUUUUUACAAACAUUUUAUUUUUGUCUUUUUUUUAAAAAUUAGUCAUAACUAUUUUAUCUUUUAAAAAUGCAUUUUCUAAUAUAUACACUUAAUAUUCCCUAUGUAAAAAAAUGUUAUGGUAAAAGAUUAAUUUUAUAAUAGUGCCUGGUAUAAAUUUCUUAUGUGAAGUUCAGUAAAAGCCUAGAAAAGGUAGAUCUAUAUAAACUAUACUUGGUCUGAAGUGUACAUGCUUAGUAGUGUUGUGAAAACAGAUAUUGCCAUAGUUACUCUUUAAUGUUUCUUUCUGAUAGAUGUGUUCAGUAUUUGUUUGUUCACAUUUUAUGUUUAAUCUCGUUGCUUUAAACUUAUAUUUUGUUGUGUAGAUACAUUGAUAGACUAUAAUUUUGAUAUUUUAUAAAUUUUUAGGUCAUGUUAAAUUCUUUCUCGAGGUUGCAAAAUAUGUAUAUUAGCGAAUUAAAUAUUUCAUAAUAAAAUGGACUUGUACAUUUAA